AUGAUGUGGUCAAGCCAGUUUCGCGUCGCAGUGUUUGGUGCAGUCUGGUAUAAUGGUCGAUCGAAUUUAGUAUUCAUUCGUGGUCGAAUUAAUACUACAACGUACGCUCAACAUCUGCCAGCUGCACUGAAUACAGAUCUACGUCGUCUAAGAGGAUAUCAUUUAAUACACGAUCGUCCCACAUGGGCGCACACGGCAUUAGCACAUGAUUGGUUACUAAGUAACGGUAUCAGAUGCUUAGACAACUAUCCCGCUGUUAGUCCUGAUCUCAAUGCUGUUGAGAGUGUUUGGUGUUGGAUGAAUCGAUACGUGCAGAGAAACCAUCUAAAUUCUCAACAGCGUUUAGGACGUUUAGUUCAUCAAGCAUGGAAUACAAUUUCUCAAAACGUUAUAUGUGAAUAUAUAAAUCAUGUGCCAAAUAUUUGUAAUCAAAUAAUAGCCAAUCAUGGCUGGGAAAGCACAGGAUGA